AUGCCUUACUUGAUACGUUUUACAUCGAUGGACCUGAAGACAGGCACCAAUGCCUUGUGCAUCCUCAUUAUGGAAGAGUGUUCUGACGUUUUUACGCCGCAACCCGAUAGAGAGGCUGCCUUCAGCAAUCAUGGCAUUCGUCCUCAAGCGCCUGUUUUUAGCAUUGGAUUAUCUGCAUACGGAGUGCCAAACCAUACUUACUGGUUUGUGGCCCUAUUUAUCCUCCCCUGCUUGUAUAAUUUACUUACUCUUGUUUUUGCAGGCAAUAUCAUGCUCGGUAUUAACGAUGAUUCGGUCUUUACCAACUUUGAGGAGAAGGAACUUCAACACCCUGUUCCGAGGAAAAUGGUAGUCAUAGAUGGGAGAAUAAUCUACAUGUCCCGGGAUCUCAGAAUGCCUAAAUAUUUAGGUACCCCAGUCCUAUGCGAUUUUGGCUCGGCCAUGCUCGGCGAUCAAUACCACUCGGAAUUCAUUCAACCUAAUAUCUACCGAGCACCGGAAGUGAUUCUAGGAGUUCCAUGGACGUACAGCGUCGAUAUAUGGAACGUGGGAUGCAUGAUUUGGGACAUUUACGAAGGCGGUUCUUUGUUCACGGGCCAAGACCCCGAAUUCCACAAGUACCGAAGUCGAGCCCAUCUCGCUGAGAUGAUAAAUCUUCUCGGUCCCCCGCCGCCUAGUCUUCUUGCCCAAGGGGAGCUAAGAGACAAAUUCUUUUCAGACAAAGGCAAGUCAAGAUCUUUUCCAAAUUCACUAACAAUAUACGACUUUCUAGGCGAUUUUCGCACAGAAAUUUUAUUGAAGGAUCAGGUUCCACUUGAAGAACGGGAAAACAAUAUCGACGAAGAGCAGGAGAGAAAGGCAUUUUUACCUCUAAUGCGAAAAAUGUUGCAGUGGGAGCCCAGCAAGCGUAGCUCCGCUAAGGAGCUAUCGGAGGACGAAUGGAUACUCAAGCACUUGUAA